GGGAACCCUGCCUGGCUGUAUUGUAGUUACGCCACCAGUCAGCUGUUCCCAACAACAACAACAACAACAGGUUGCGUGUUACGUAUGGAGAGCCAGCUAGCCGCUACUCAACACUGAAACAGUGUAUGAUCAUACUGUUGUGACUAAAAGAGACAGUGUUGGGAGCGAAUGUACAGUGCUUGCUUGUGCUGAUAACUACGGAAUUACUGUGGUGUGGUCUGGCUUAAGGUGUUCACUGCUGCCCCUCUUUAUUACAUCACUGUUUGAAUUCACGUGUGAAGAACCAGCUGAACCAGAAGUGAAGGAUGCUGUUGAGAACUUUCAUCCUCAACCAUUACAUGAAAGGGAUGCUGACUCCCUUGUCAUGCAAAGCAAUGUCAUCAUCAGCCAAGAGUAAUGAAGCAGGAGACUCUGCUCCCAAGAAAGCCAAAACCCCCAUAGGUAAGCUUGAUGAUCAAGAAACUCCAGAGGGACAUCAUCCCUACCAGGAGAAGGAGCCCCUACCAGCCUUCCCUGACAAUAUCAACCCUGCCACAGGAGAAAUAGGAGGCCCAAGGGGACCAGAGCCCACGCGCUAUGGAGAUUGGGAACGGAAAGGCCGCGUGACUGACUUCUGAACCUUCUUUUUGGGAUCCUGGAGGCAGUAUAUAUUUUAAUUUAAUUUAACCCAACCAGUGAUUUUUAUUAGUUCAAUGAGCCGUACAAUUACUGCACCAGAAAGUAAAAAGUUGUCUUGCUGAACUACCUCAGUAGAGCCAUGAUUAGACCUUUGAAUAUGCCAUCAUUUUGUUGCUUCGAAUUUAAUCUUCUACUUGUGUAUUUGUUGUUCAUUGCAUGACACCUUCAUUUCCAUGCAUAAGUCUGAAUAUCUAGCUGACAAUGUUCAUACUUGAGAGUAUGAAAGGAAUGAGUUAUUUAUCUAUCUCUUCAGGUGUAUGGCCAUGACAGGUGUCUUCUCUCCUCCCUUUCUGUUAGCUGGAUGAAAGUGUAACAGUUUAUGAGUGUGACAUCAUACAAGGUGUUUGCUCAGUGACUUACAUUUGUAGCAGAACUGUGGCUGAGAUAUGUCCAUUAUUCAUCAUCAUAGAUGUAUUUUUGGUGACAGUUUAUAGCUUGUUAUUCCAAACUGUUUCAAACCACAGAAUUAAUUUCUGGUCCAGUAUUUCAAGUUAGUUUUAUUCAUGCAUUAUAUUUAUGAUGAGUUUAUGGUUUUUCAUAAUGUUUUUUUUUUGUUGAAGAAUUGCCAUUUGUGUGUAAAUACAGAAUAUUGUAAAUACAAAAUACCAAAACCUAA